UCUAUAAAUCUAGAUCUAGAAUCUAGUACACUUCACCAUUUGCGUCGUUUUAAAAAAAAAUUCGUUUUUAUUUAUUUCAAGAUCUCUAGAUCAUAUAAAUGUAUAAAGCUAAUAAUCGGCUAAUAUAAUUGUAUCGAAAACAAAGAAGUUGAGAUCAAGUGUGACGCCAUCUACAGAAAAUCCCAUUGAAGAUAGUACUGCAGCAGUAAAAAAUCUUGCCUACUGUCCACAAGAUGACAACAGGAAAAGGUUUCAUCGUGGUUCCCACGUCAGAUGGUAGGCGGCAGGACCAAGUUCAUGCAGGUAUUGUUGAGGUCGUGAGCCACGAUCACGUGAUUGUCCAGUGGGACACGGGGGAGAGAGAGACCUACAGACCUGACCAGGACGGAGCGUACGAGUUGCUGGUGCUGGAUACUAUAGGCAUCGUCCACCCCUACAUCGCGUGUGACGGGUGCAACGAGUCCAGAUGUAUCAGCGGUGUCAGGUGGAAGUGUCGCACGUGCGAGGACCACGACCUCUGCACGAGCUGCUACAUGAAGGACAGCCACGACCAGUCGCAUGCCUUCAAGCGCAUGUGUGUGCCGGACACUGAAUGGGUUAACGUCACGUCUCGAAGUGAAAGUAGGAAUUCCAAGAAAAGAUUGUCGGAUUUAUCAGUUCGGGCUUGGCGGGAUCAGCAAAGUGUGGACGGUCAGCACAAGCUGGAGAAUGUCCCCAAGUUGCAGAGAUGUCCUGUCCACGGGAUCACGGAGGAGUCCUGUAAGGACAUCGCUCUACUGAGGGACGGGGUCGACGUGUACAACGUGUGUGACGAGUUUUACCAGGAACAUUUACCUGUACUAGGUAAAGAUAUCAAAAUUGCUCCACCACAAUCGGCCGCACCUAUUCCACUUCAGAACGAAGCCCCGCCCAAAGUUUUAGAAGAAGACGUUAAGCCAGGAACUCUAGUAGUCAGAGGACCCGACUGGCGCCAUGACGACCAGGACGGGGGAGAGGGUCACGUGGGUACCGUCAAGGAAGCAGCAGACGGUAUUGUCACGGUUGAAUGGACGCCCAACGUCCAGCAUCGAUACAACGCCGGCCAUGAUGGAAUUUUUGACCUGCGCACCUACGCCCCGGCUGAGUGUGUCCACACUACCGUGACGUGUGACCACUGUGACGUCAGUAACAUCCGGGGUAUCCGCUGGAAAUGCUUGGACUGCCAGAACUUCGACCUGUGUUUUAGCUGCUACAUGGGCGAUAAGCACGAUCGUGAUCACGCUUUCUGGAGGAUAGAAACCCCGUUCUCGUACAGAGUUAAGGUGGGUCCACGGUCAGCAAGCCGGAAAGUUCCGGUCCGAAGUAUCUCCCAUGGUGUCAUGGUCACUCGAGGUGUCGACUGGAACUCUGGAGAUGAGGACGGUGGGGACGGCAAAUAUGGAAGAGUUACCUCCAUCGAUGUCAGCUCCCAGAAAAUGUCGGUCAAGGUCGCCUGGUCUAACGGAAACGAGGGCGUGUAUGACGUCAGCCAUGACGACAGGCACGGGACGAGGCCGGUUGUCCUGGCACCUGAACAGAGUUACUACAGCGAUCACCUGCCACUCUUAGGAAAACCAACAGAGGCGUAUCUGGACUUUAAAGUUGGAGACAGAGUGCAGUUUCUGCAGGAUUUAGUCAAGGUCGAGGACCUACAGAAAGGUCACGGUGAAUGGGUUGUUCGGAUGGCUGAGUAUGAAACUAGAGUCGGUACAGUGGUUAAAAUAUAUCAAGAUACGGAUCUCUGUGUGGAGUAUAGCGACGGGCAAAAGUGGACUUUGAACCCUCAAGUUGUGAGAAAGAUCGAUCAGCAGAAGUAUGCGUCAUCCGCUGACGUCACAAGACAGCAGGCGGACGGACCUGACGUCACAUCCGACCUGGCGAGAGAGCAGGCAGACGAACUUCUGCGUCUGAAGAGAGAAAGCCUGUGCAAGCUGUGUCUGGACAAUAAGGCAUGCGUGGCCUUCAGCCCCUGCGGUCACAUCGUCUGCUGCGAGAACUGUAGCAAAAAUUUGGCCAAGCAGCUCUGUCCUGUUUGUCGUCAGACCAUUGAAAGCCACCUCAGGAUUUACAAAACAUGAGAACCUCUGCAAUAUUAAAGUGUUUUUUCCUUC